GAGGAGCAAAAGAAACAGAAAGAGAAAGAGAGAAGAGAAGCCCUAACCCUUUCCCCUCGGCUGGUGGAAAGUGAAACUUCAGAGUUUUUCUUCCUCCCCCUCUCCAUAGUGUUUGAUAGUGUAGCACUGGCAGCCUCUGUCUGCCCCCCUGCCCACUCUCUCCCGUUGUGUUCUGGUGGCCAGCUGCUAGCAGAGUUGCAGUUGUACGUGAGUGGGUGGGUGAGACUCGUUUCCUGUGCUCCUCAGGGCUCCGCUCCAACAACUACUGCAGCACGCUCCGGCCAGGGGCCACGGGGGCCACUAUUCAUAACAAACAGGGGACUGGCUCCUCCACUCCUCCUCCUCCUCCUCCUCUUCCUCUUCUUCCUCCUCAUCUUCCUCCAUCACCACCACCACUACCGCCAUCAUCAUCUUCAUCCUCAUCAGCAUACUUCCCACCCACUCCACCCACGCCACUGCACCCCUCUGAGCCUCGGCCCCUGGAGGCCCCCGGUCUGCGGGCUGGGGCAUCCCCGCUGCGCUCAGAAGGGUUGGACAUGGAAGUGGAAGAGGCCCCCGAGGGCUCGGAGCCCUCCACCUUGCCUGAGGAGGGUGUAAAAGACAAAGAAGACAUGAAAGAGUACAGCAUAGCCUUGGAAGGUGACCAGUCUCCUGUCGUGAGGGAUCAGAUGGGCGAUGAGAGCUAUGCUGGUGGCUUGACUGUGCCCGUGUCAGUGUCCGUGCCUGGCAGAGGAACCAAAGGGCUGAUGAUGCUGGGCGAAGAGGCUGGGUCAGGGAAAAGAGUCCUGCCAGAGCCCGGUGCCUGGCCCUCUCAGGGGUUCGCCUGCUCCCUGUGCAAACGGCUGUUCAGCAGCCUGGAGCAUCUCAGGGAACACGAGUACCGUCACACCCUGUCUCUGAUGGCCCUGUCCCUGGACUGGCCGAGCAUGCAGGGUCCGCACCACCAACCCGCCCAACCCCGCCACCAGCCACAAUCCCAGCCUCACCACUUCUACCAGUCUCUCUACCGCCCCGCGGUGGCCGAGCCGGCGCCGGCGCGCUACCUGUGCUCCCAGUGCCCCGCCAGCUUCACCCUCAAAUCCAACGCGGACCGACACGAGAAGACCAUCCACUUCAAGAAGAAGCUGAUGCAGUGUGUGUACUGUCUGAAACAUUUCAGAGACCGCACAGACCUGCACAGGCAUCUGUCCUCUGUGCACUCCAAAGAGAGAGGGCACACCUGCCCUGCCUGUGCCAAGGCUUUUAGCACCCAGAAAAAUCUGUCGACACAUGUUAAAGUGUGCUGCCAGGUGGGGUCAGUGCCAGGAGCGAUGCUGGGAGGCAGCACUGGGAUGGAAAUGUCUCAGGGCGGGGUUAUGGAUUCACUGUGGCAGCUUUCUCAAGAGAUGAAAGUUGACAAUCAUGAUCUCAGUAUCAAUGUGGAAAAUUGAGACAGGCUGCAGGCUCAUGCACACACUCAUACCUAUCAGCCAAAAAUGCUCUGUGGCAUCAUUGCACUGAAAAGGGAAGAAUUCCUUCAUUUGUUGACAUAAUUAAAAAUACCUAGGGACACCAUUUUUUUUCUUUCUUUUUUUUUUACAACUUGUUAAAUAGCACGGCACAUUAUUUUAAAUUGACUGCUUACAUGUUAUCAUGUAAUUGCUAUGCAAAGCUGAUCUGCUUAAACAACUGACUGAAAUAAUAAGUAGAACUUUUUCUAUCUUUAGCUUUGUUUAGUUUGAGUGUUCACUGAUUAGAGCCAUUAACAGGUGUUUUGCGGUGCCGGGUGGAGAGACGAGGGGGGCGUCUUUCUGCUUCCCCGACCUAAACCACUUGUCUGGCUCUCUGUCGCCAGUCACCAGUCUGACUAAACUCUUCUCUCCUUUUUAGGCAGAGAGAUCUUUAUCUUUGUGUCAACCCCUGCAUUACGGGCACAAAGACACUCAGGCUUCACUGUGGCUAACAGCCCACACAACCACACCACCUGCAGGGAACUUUGUAGAAUUGCAUCAUGAGAGCAGAAUAAAGACUUUUAAAUUGGAUUAUUUCUGUUGCCUGUAGUAGUGCACCUCAACAGAGAUUUUAAAAAAUAGCAUAAAACUUAAAAUAAUAUUGUUUUAAACACUGUGGUUGCUUUUCUCAACACUGGAACUCAAAGUAACUGUAUCAAAAACCACAGUGGACAUGUAGAAGCUUGUCUUCAGUCAUCGCUCUGACAUGAGAACCUGCAGCCCGUGCUGUCAGAUCUGUGCAGAUGGAGGGGAUGUACCCAAUGAGACAAAGCCAGCUAAAACAAUACACUAGUAGCAGCUCUGACGGGGGGUUGGGUGGUGUCAUUUUCUUUCUCUCUGUCCAUCUCCUCUGUCCCAGAUCUGUAAGUCUUCUAGUGGCUGGAGCUGGACAGUAAUUGGUUCUUCACGGCUCCAGCCCCUUCUUAACCCUUGACCUCUUCAUCUGAAGAGGAAGAGGGGACCAAGGGGCAUCUGCCCCUUAAGCCAGAUGAGUUUAGUGAUGUCACUGCUGCAGACAUAAUGGUGUGGUUGUGAGACAAGUGGAGAAAAAGCAGGAGAGGAAUAAGAGAGAUUGUGGAGACAGUUAGGUGGAGGGUGUUGCAGAGCUGCAGGAUAUUGGAAUCAGCAUGAACACUGGCUUCAGAAUCGUUGCUAAUGUAAAUUCACACCAAUUUCUGCCAAAUUUUUUCUCCUUUGAGUUUACAGCAGGCCUGCAACUAUAAACCAAGAUAUUUUCCUGAUACAGACCAGUUAUAUUGUGUGUACACCCAUACUGUGCAGACUAUACCCAACGGGAAGACAUCCACCUGUGUUUCCCUCUAAUAUUCCACGGUCACGCCAACACAACGAACAGUAAUUUCUAUGUGCUCAGUUAAAGCAAAACCGGUGUCUACUGGGAACAUACCCCUUUUUGCUGAACUCCCAAAUGCCAAAUCCUUUCUAAUACAAAAUCCCAUCUCUCAGGUAGCACACUCUGUCCUUGCCAGCAGCUGAAACAGACUGGCAGGCUCGGAGAAGUCAGGAACUAAUCAGGAACUCUGCAGAGCCAGCCAUUCAGGACAAAUGGCAAAUACUGCACGGCUGUUAUGUGGCUUUUUUUUUUCUUCCUUUUUCUUUUUUUUUAGUUUGAAUAUGUGUAAAUAUUGAAAGAUAUUUCAUUCUAGAAUAUCCGAUUUUCUCCUCGAACAAAAACCCAUGUACUGUUAAAAAAAGAUGUACUUUUCUAAACAGAAUGCGAUUCUGCUUGUAGUUUUUAUGCUGUAAUUAAACUGUGAUGCAAAAUGUUACAA